AUAUUACAAACUCCCUUUCAUUAGAGUGAGUGAAUGAUAGUGCAGCAAAGCCAAAAUGCUGAGGAAAGUGCUACACCAAUCUCUCCCAUUUAACCGUCGCAUCGCCACCGCCGGUUCGGCAGCACCGCCAUGGUUAUCCUCCUCUUUUUCUUCUUCUUCAAUCUCCAUCGACCGCUCUGGCCUUUACAACCCACCUGACCAUUCUCACCACCCCACUUCCGAUUCUGAGCUCGUCAAACACCUCAAAGGAAUCAUCAAGUUCCGGGGAGGCCCUAUUUCACUAGGUGAGUACAUGUCAGAAGUUUUGACAAAUCCUAAAGCUGGAUACUACAUCAAUAGAGAUGUUUUUGGAGCAGAAGGUGAUUUUAUCACCUCUCCUGAAGUGAGCCAGAUGUUUGGUGAGAUGGUUGGUGUCUGGGUGAUGUGUCUAUGGGAGCAAAUGGGCCAACCCCAAAGAGUAAAUCUAGUUGAGCUAGGCCCGGGGCGAGGAACUCUAAUGGCUGAUCUUCUUCGUGGUGCUUCAAAAUUUAAGAACUUUGUUGAGUCAUUGCAUGUGCACCUGGUGGAGUGUAGUCCAGCACUGCAGAAGCUUCAGCACCAGAAGUUGAAAUGCAUUGAUGACGAGAAUGCAGCUCAAGAUGCUGAUAAAAGAACUGUAAGCUCUUUGGUUGGCACUCCUGUAUCAUGGCAUGCUACACUGGAGCAGGUUCCUUCAGGAUCACCGACAAUUAUCAUUGCACAUGAGUUCUUUGAUGCCCUACCAGUCCAUCAAUUUCAGAAAGCAUCUCGUGGCUGGUGUGAAAAAAUGGUUGAUGUCGCUGAAGAUUCAUCAUCGUUUCAUUUUGUUCUAUCACCACAUCCUACACCUACAACACUAUAUUUAUUGAAACGGUGCAAGUGGGCUGCAACUGAGGAGAUUGCAAAACUCGAUCAAAUUGAAGUUUGCCCCAAAGCUAUGGAGUUGAGCCAGGACAUUGCUGAAAGAAUAAGCUCUGACGGUGGUGGAGCUCUAAUUAUUGACUAUGGUUCAGAUGGAGUGAUCUCCGAUAGUCUCCAGGCGAUUCGGAAACACAAGUUUGUCAACCUUCUAGAUGAUCCUGGGUCUGCUGAUAUCAGUGCAUAUGUUGAUUUCGCUUCCAUCAAGCAUUCCGCAGAGGAAGCUUCAGGAGAAGUAUCUGUCCAUGGGCCAAUUACUCAAUCACAAUUUCUUGGCUCCCUUGGAAUAAACUUUCGCGUCGAAUCUCUCCUUCAAAACUGCACUGAAGAACAGGCUGAAUCUUUGAGGACAGGAUAUUGGCGUCUUGUCGGUGAUGGUGAAGCUCCCUUUUGGGAAGGACCUGAUGAAGGUGCCCCCAUUGGUAUGGGUACCCGGUAUAAGGCAAUGGCUAUAGUAAACAAGAAGCAAGGUGUUCCAGUUCCUUUUCAGUGAAAACCCAAACCAUAGUUGGUUUUUAGGUGCUCGUGACAUUAUAAGGUGACCCUAAUCAGAAGUUGGGACUUAGGUUCCUGCUUUCCCUUUUCUUUUUCUUAUUCAUUAAUUUACCUUUUUUGUACUUCUGUAUUAUAAGGGUAGCAAGAUGUAACAGUUCACGUAAUAGUUUUGAUAUCGGUCCCCUCAUGGUGCUCAGAAAGGAAUAAAAAUGUUUGAAUAUGCA